GCUAAAAAAAUCCGCGCCGGUUCGCGUGGCGUGUGGGCUUCUUCGCAGUUCGUCGUCGUCUCCACCGUCGACGCCGCGGCAAACCUGCGCCACCUCGACGGGAGGAGAGCGGCCAUGGUGGCGAUGGAGCUGGAGAUCCUGGGCAUGAACUUCGGGUGCGUCCUCGCGGCGCUGAGCGACGCCAAGAUCCCCGACAAGGGCUGCCUCCUCCCGCUCAUCUCCAAGCUGCUCGGCUACGCCAUCGUCGCCGCAUCCACCACCGUCAAGCUCCCCCAGAUACUGAAAAUUUUGAAGCAUGGAAGUGUUAGAGGACUUAGUGUAGCAUCCUUUGAGCUUGAGGUCGUUGGCUACACGAUUGCUUUGGCAUAUUGUAUUCAUAAAGGACUUCCCUUUUCAGCUUAUGGAGAGCUAGCUUUUCUGUUAAUCCAAGCAAUUAUCUUGGUUGCAAUCAUUUACUAUUACUCCCCGCCAAUGGGAACCAAAACAUGGAUGAAAGCUUUAUUAUAUUGUGGACUGGCUCCAACUGUUUUGGCUGGAAAAAUUGAUCCUGCUCUUUUUGAAGUCCUUUAUGCUUCACAGCAUGCUAUCUUCUUUUUUGCUAGAGUUCCACAGAUAUGGAAGAAUUUUACGAAUAAGGGCACUGGCGAGCUCAGCUUUCUUACCUGUUUCAUGAACUUUGCUGGUUCUAUUGUAAGAGUUUUUACCAGCAUCCAGGAGAAGACUCCCUUAAGUGUGAUCAUGGGCUCUGCAAUUGGCAUCGUCAUGAACGGCACACUCUUGGGUCAGAUACUACUGUACCAGAAGGCCACUCCGAAGAAACAAAAGAAAAAAGAUUAAGCAACAAGCAAGAGAGACAACAGAAAGUUUUUGUUCUCUUCGUCCGAGGCUCCGAGCAAAAGGCACUGGUAUACGAACUUGUUGGUAACUUGUUUUAUGAGGAGAACAAUAGGCAGAAUACAGUCUUGCUAUGCAUGGAUAUUUCUGUGAUGUUGCUUUUAGCACUUAGCGGUGUACCAUGACUUGAUAUAGUUCAUACAACUGUACUUAGCUUGUGUCUGCGUAAGCUGCCGUUGAAUCGUUGAUGGAUAGUAUUUGUUUGCCAUGCAUGGUUUUUGCUUAUAAGACUAUAAAGAUGCUAGCUGCGAGGAAAAUACAGAAAGCCUAUGAACCAUUAUGACA